AUGUCCAAAGACAGACCGCAACACUCCAGCGAAAUGUGCGUUAUGCCUGCUCAUCCAGCUAACUUCAGAGGUUGUGAAGUCUACAAACAAAUAUUGGAAAGGAAAACCAAAAAAGACCUGCAUCUUAAAACAAGAGGAAACCUCAAGAGUGACUCGCCUAAAAAAACCAUACUUCAAAAUAACUUACCUGAAGUUGAAAAAACACGUAUAAACAAACAGAUGAAAUAUAGCGAUGUUCUGAAAUCUAACAACACAAUUAAUGAAAUAGAUUCGCAUACUAACCAGUCACCCAAUAACACACUAGAGCAGAUAUUAUUAAAACAAGCAGAGAAAUUUGAUCUAAUCCUUCAAACUUUGAUCGUCCAUUGCGCCCAAAACCUCCAAUCCUCGCCCCUAAUGGACUUCCAACUGGCUCUACCGCUGAAAAUAGUAACUCCUGAAGAAGUUUACAGAAACAUUAAAUCAAUGGACACCAAAAAGGCACCAGGAUUCGACCUCAUAGACAAGAAGGUCCUCCAAGAGCUACCGCGCAAAGCUAUUGCAUACCUUACUAUGCUGUUCAACGCCAUCCUAAGAAUUAGACACUUCCCAGACGUAUGGAAGGUCUCGCGAAUCGUGAUGAUCCACAAACCAGAUGAUAUAGCAUUGCUAUCCUCAAGCAAGAAUCCAAACCAAGCUUCACAUAACCUACAAAGAAGCCUAAAUGGAAUUGAAAUAUGGCUAGCUAAAUGGAGAAUCGCUGCCAGUGUUACCAAAUCGGUCCACGUAACUUUCACACUAAGUAAAGGUGACUGCCCGCCCGUUACAUUAAAUGGCACCCAGCUCCCUCACCAGGACUCGGUUAAAUACCUGGGGAUGCACUUGGACCGCAGGCUAACCUGGAAGAAACAUAUUUGGGAUGAGAUAAACCACGAACAGAAAUCUCAACUGGCUCCUAGGUAG